CUUGCUCCUCCAACUUCCCUCCUGGCUUCUGCCCCUUUGUCUGCGCUCCUCACGCCGCCCCCCGCCCCAGCCUCACACCCGCAUUCCCCAGAUCUCCAUGGACUCGACCCCUCCCACGGACCCGGCGGCCUCCUGCUUGGCCUCCGCCUCUGCGGCGGUGGCAUCGGGGGACGUCGCCGCGAUGCUGCCGGACUCGCCGCCGCGGCGUGGGGCGGGCCACCGCCGCGCACAGUCGGAGAUCCUCCUCGGCGGCGCCGCGCUCCCCGACGACCUCACCUUCGACGCGGACCUCGGCGUUGUCGGGGAGGCCUGCGUGGCCGGCGACGAGGAUGAGGAGGAUGACGACGACGACGAGGAAGGGGUCGGCGGCGCUGGCGGCAGCCGGAUGUUCGAGAUGUUCCUCGAGAACGGUGGCAAGCUCCCAGGACCGCCGGAGCCGUCGGCGCAUCCGCAUUCGACGCCGCCGCGGCCACGGCACCAUCACAGCAUGUCUAUGGAUGGGUCCACGUCUUUGUUUGGUUCCGCCGCCGCCGGGACGCCUGGGAGGUCGGGCGCUGAUGCCAAGAAGGCUAUUUCCGACGCUAAGCUCGCCGAGCUCGCGCUUGUUGACCCCAAACGUGCCAAGAGGAUUUUGGCAAACCGCCAGUCAGCUGCUAGGUCGAAAGAAAGAAAGAUGCGCUACAUUGCGGAGCUUGAAAGGAAAGUACAGACUCUCCAAUUAGAAGCAACUACACUAUCAGCUCAGCUGGCCAUGUUGCAGCGAGAUACGACUGGUAUGACAAGUGAGAAUAGUGAUCUGAAGAUACGUGUGCAGACAAUGGAGCAGCAGGUUCAGCUGCAGGACGCUCUGAACGACAGGCUAAGAGACGAGAUUCAGCAGCUGAAGGUUGCAACAGGACAGGUAAACGCCAGCAUUGGAAAAACAGGAAACUCUGGUAUGUCAUCAUUUGGAGGUAAUCCACAAAGUUACCAGCGUAGCCAUAUACAGUCUCUUCUGGCUGCUCAGCACCUGCAGCGGCUCCGGAUCCACUCCCAACAUCAGCAACAGCAGACGCAUUUUCAGCAGCAGCAGCAGCCGCAGCCGCAGCUGCUGCUGCAGGAGGCGCAUCCAUUUCCGGUGGACCUAAAGAUGAGAGGAUUUUCUCUGUCAUCACAUGCUCAGAACGCAGGUGCAUCAGACAGCCAUGCUGCCAAGAGCGAACCCUGAGAUUUAGCAUGUAUUCAUGUGGGUUGUUAGAAAUAAUAAUGUCGCUCUGUUAGCGUGGUGUCUAGGUGAACUUCAAUUUGUUUGAGGUGCUUAGAUUUUGUGCAGCCUGGAGCUCCCAUUUGGUUGUAAGCUUCAGUGCUGACUGACCGGUCAUUUACCUUGCCUAAUGCUUGUACCUGGGUCCUGGCCAUGACUUUGUGCCUGGAGGAUGGAGCCGUUCGCGCAUCUGUGCAAGAGCAGAAUGACAAUUGUUCUUUGGUUC